AUGGAAGAAAGAACAGUCGAUUAUCUGUUAUUAGUCACCUCAAACACAGUCUCUUCUUCAUGCUCUCUUACUCAGCCUAUCCUUGGAUCUUAUCUGACCUAUACCACAACAACGACCACUAUGCAAUUUUACUGCUGUGCAGCCCAAGAUCUACCUUCAGCCACAGGAAAUUACUAUAUUCUAGAAAUUCCAUUAAAAUACCCAUUCCCCUCUUCUACAUCUCUAAAUGCAGGAGGCGAUUUUACAACAAUCGUAAAGAAAUACGCAUCAGUAGGCUGGAUGCUUUUAAAGUCUACUUCAACUGCUAAUUGUAAGACAAACAGUAUAUCGUCUACUUUUGACCCAGUCAAGAACCCAACCUCCACUGUUUCUGCUAACACCUUAACAUUUAAAGGCUACGCAAUUUAUCAGAGCCAAAUGACUGAUUUAGUUACUUAUGGGUCCAUUUCUACAGCAAUAACAGUGGCUUCUACAACUCCUUUGUCCUGCACAAUGACAUCUUCAUCAAUUUCAAUGCAAGAGUACAAUAUAGACGCAGUCAACCUGAUUGACGUAACUUUUACAUGUACUGGGACUGAUAUCCCAGUAGGAGGCUAUUUAUACCUUGAAGUGCUAUCUGGAGGCAGCAGCGUGACCACUGACCCUUAUUAUUUUACGAUCUACAAAGGCUUGGGAACUGUCUGACACUAUACUUUAAGCGGGUCUAAGUACACAAUUAAAGACUGGACAUCAGCCAUCACUUCAGGGACUCAAAUGCGAUUUUUAAUCCCAGUCAAAAAUCCCAGCUCAACAGGCGCUACAAUCACUAUAACAGCUUCUGCAUAUGAUAAUAAUAACAACCAAAUGGGCUCAUAUACUGCCACAACCCCAGCCUUAACAAAUGCAGGAUACUCUUCUGUUUAUUCUUUACAAAGCCAUUAUUUGCAAUUUAACAGUCUCAACUCAUGACUGAGCACCGAAAUGACGCUUUAUUUAAAUCUCCCUCACUCUCUCACAACAACAUAUUCUUAUGUAACGAUCGAUUUUACCGGCGGAAUUCAGGCUCAGUCUACUAAUAGAGAUGAUAGGUAUGGAUAUUUUGAUGGAUCUCAAUGCGAGCAAAGCUAUAGCGGCUGAGGAGUUUACAACAAUUAUUAUUGUUAUGAAGCCAAAUGGACAACGAGUACUAAGCUUCAAUAUACACUUGUUAAUACAUUCACCGUUUCAUCUGGUGUCCACAAAUUUAAUUUUGCUGGCUCUUGGUGAACUUACUUGGAGCUUGAAUCUUCCAACUCAGGGGUACACUUAAUAAAGGUGACUGUUACAUCGUCUGUUACUGAAUACUACACCUUUUUGUACAGAACACCCACGAGUAAAGAGAACACAAGCUCUGACUGGUAUGGACUGAUCGUGAAUUAUGAAAAUGCUCAACACGAGAGUAAAACCACAAGCAACUAUGUGCACUAUCUACUUAUUGAGUAUCCAGUUGCUUUUGGGUCACUGAAUGGGUUUUCGAGUGACCUCGGUUUUGGGGUUACUGAUGGUUAUCAGAUCCCUGGAUUGGUUGUAUACAGCUCACUGGCGCUAAGGGACUGCAUACUAAGACAGUCUGUCUUCGACAACAGGGCUGGAAUUCUGUGCAGGUCUCCAUCAACGAACAAUAACCCAGAUCUAUAUAUUCUUUUAAUUAAGAGUCCUGCUAGCGCGGUUACAGUCUUAUAUAGCAUUAUGGCUUUAUAUCAAGAUGAUACUUCAAGAUAUACUUGGCAUUCAAUGGCUGUGUCCAGUCAGGCUUUUCAAAGUGGCUCAGUGACUACAACUACUGGAACGAUUGCUAUUACCAACCCAGCAGCCCAAAGCACAGCUACAUGAGACUUCACAAAUAUGAUUAACACAGGCAAUCUUGGCUCUUCAGGCUAUAAUAUGCUGAUACAACUUACCAACUAUCAGAGCGCCUACCAACUGGGCACAUACUCAAUAGUAAACUCAAUCAAUACUGCUUAUUUUCUUUAUUCUGGCUAUAUCCUUGCACAAGUAAACGGUGCAGACACCCCCCAAAUCCAAUUCAGCAAUCCUUUAUUUUCUCGUUCUGAUUUUGCAGUUAAGGCUUGGACAUUUGGAAGCAGUAAUACUCUAAAUACAAUAAAAACAACGAGCACACUGACAAUUACCACUGGGACUUUGUCUUCAAAAUCUAUUAUAGCAGGCUCGACCCUUAUAGCUGGCUAUACCUCCAGUUUGACUUUAAAAUUCACCUAUGCAGAUAUAGUCCCAGCUGGUGGACAAAUCCAAAUUGUUUUCCCUACGACAUACUUUUCAGCGAUAGACUGUUCAAUAUGUACGUCAGACUACACAGACCAAGACGCAAGUAACCAGGUUACUUAUACAGUUACCACAGGGUCAGAUAUUAUUUUGACGAUAACUAAAUUCCAGAAGAUCACUGCCGGCACUUAUAACAUUUAUGGUGUCCAUGCAACCUUUUCCUCAGCAGGGAUUGCAGGUAUUGAUAUAAAUACUUAUUAUGACACGUCUACAUCUUAUCCUAUUGAUGAGGACACUGUAUCCUUGACAAUCAGCGCAGCUCCGACUGUUAAUCCUGUGAUAUCUUUGUAUCCUAGGCUGUCAUUUAUGACUGGGUUUAUUAAUCCGACAGCAGGGUCGUAUUCAGACUUAGUUCUUUAUUUUAACCCUACUGUAGAUGUAGACCCAUCUACCACUGGGACUGUCAAGCUAACAAUGCCGAGCUCUUCUCAUUGGUUUAAUACUGAUGGAGUCAGCAGCCUUUACUGCCUUGUGAAUGGAGACUUAACUACAAUUACAACUACCAGCACAUAUUAUACAAUAACACCUAACUCAGCCCUCAGUGCAGGAACCCUUUAUACUAUCAUUAUUUCUGCAAGAAAUGGCAAAUAUGAUGGAUUAUCUACAGCUACUACGACUUCUUCAAAUCUGAUAACUCUAGAAGGAUACACAGGCGCUACUCUUACCCAACAAGCUACUUACUAUAUAAAAGUGAGCCCUAUUUUCACUGAGUUAUAUAUAAACCCAUACGUAAAAGGGUCAGGCUCAGAUACCCUUUAUCAAUUAAAUAUUAAAACAGCUACAACAGUGACUGGCUCAAAUAAUGGAGCUUUUGUGGUGGAGUGGCCAGUCUACUCGCUGUCUUCUGCUAUGGCAAUUUUCUCAAGCACUGUGGGGAGUACUCAGGUUUCUGGGACGUAUUUCCCUUGUGAACUGUUCUCGACAGGAAGCAGUAAAUAUAUCCCUAUGACUGGAAUUACUUGUAUGCUGAUUAAAGGAUAUACGAUUUCUUCACAAAGGACUUCACCGACUAAAAUUGUUGUACUGCUAGGGACCAAUACAAUAAGCUCAGGGACUUCAAUAGUAAUAGGGUUCCCAGGAGUGACUGUUCCAACAACUUCUAGAGGUCCAGAUUUAUAUAUAUACAGCAGAGAGAUUUCUAGUGGCUCUGAGGUGGUUAAGGAUUAUUUGAAUUACAAAUAUGUCAGCUUUGCUCACUCUCUUAAUAGCCCCACUUCAAUUACUAGCUCUUCUUGAGUGAGUAAGCAGAGCCAUUGGAAAUACUUCCUCCUUUAUCUAUCAAAAAUUUUCUUAAUACACAUAUAAUAUUUAGUAUUAUUAUUUAAAAAUUUCAAGCUAAAUCGAUUGAAUUUUAACAACUUUGUAUUUAAAAUGCUUUAAUUUUAAAUAAAUUUUAAAUGUUUAAAUUUAUCAAGCCGAAUUUUUUAAAUUUUAAAUAUUAAUACCUCUCAUAGGUUUUAAGUAAACUUCGACCACUUGAGGAGAAGGGAAGCAAGAAUUUCCAAUCUAGCUUUAGCAACUCAGUUCUCAUGUCAACAGCUGUCUCAUUUUCUAUCAGUUUGCAGCCCGUAGCCGCAAUUUCUACCUCAGACUACCUAGUUUUCACCUAUGACCCUACCAUGAUAUCAGUCACCACAGGAUCAGCAGCCUUGUCAUCACCUUCCUAUUCGGCACUUUUUUACUACACUACAGUCGGAUGAAUUGUAAUUCAGCCUUCCUCUGCAAUAGGAACUGGCUCAGCGACCACAUUUACCUUUGCAGGGAUGAAUAAUCCAAGCUACAUUUCUGGAUCUUCAAAAGACUAUAUUUCUGCUAGACAAUGGGACAGCUUUUCGAACAGUUUUACUCCAGGGACAUGGGACUACACCUAUGAGUUUUCAGGGUCUACUCCAAGUCCUCUCUAUACUUUAGGCACAGUGACUCCUAGCUCAUUAGGGUCUUCAUUUGGCUGCCUUACCUGUGCUAGCUCAGGGACAAGUGUUCUUUCCAGCCAAUAUAUCAUGUAUAAGCUUACAUUCCAAUACAGCUUAAACCUCCCUUCAGGGGCUAUAUUUGAGCUUAUUUUCCCUAAGUCUACAAAUGAGUACCAAAGCAUCGCUUAUAAUUGUGAAGCCUCAUCCUCUGGAUUUUCUACCCCAAAUUCUGUUUACUGCUCUGCAUACUCAACCCAAACUCUCAGGAUUUAUUCAUUUGGGACUUACACAAAAAAUACAAACGUUGUAGUCUAUAUCAAGGCCUUGAAUCCGCCCAUAGCUUUUUCGCCGACUUCUGGGUUUACUAUAAAUGUGUAUUAUGACUCUUCAGGGACUUAUAACAUAGGCACAGACAGCACUAAUAAAUUUACAGUGACAGGCUUAAGCUCAGUUCCAGUCGGGACAAUGAAAAUUUAUAUACCAUUUUCAAGUGAGUAUAUAUCAGCUAGAACGACGUCAAAUGCACCGCUUAUCUUUAUAUUCAAAACAAGUGCCACAAUAACAAAAAAUUCAGGCACUGUGGCCGUAACAGUAUCUUCAGGGACUUUUGCCCAAGCUUCAGGAGGCACAUUGAUAUGUUAUUUCAUUGAUCCGACCAAUAGUAACCUGAAAUACAUUGCAAAAUCCUGCACUUAUUCAUCUGAUGUAUAUACCAUUACAGCACCAAUCUACACCAAUAUAGCGAGUGGCCAGAAUUGGAUAGUCAGCAUAUCAACGUAUGGAGCUACAAGCAAUGGCCUUACGUAUCCAUCGGCUGGAGCAACUUUUAUCAAUGUGGAUUUAAAUAGUGUGGAGAUGUUUGACUAUAAUUAUUAUGUGGUUCCUUCAGCAUUGACGAUCGCAAAAGUCAUUUCUUAUUGUAGGACGACGAGUUUUUCUAAUGUUUUUCAAGUCUAUGUCAAUGCUGGGACUAUUGGUACAUUCUCGUCUGGGAUGAGAAUUGAGGCUGAGUUUGAUGUGGCUCAGUUUGCAAGUGAUUUGGGGACAGGGAUUAGUGAUGGAAAUGCAAUGGAUUGUAUGAGUGAUAUGGCAAUGGAAACUUCUACUACACUGCAGUGCUCUUUGCAUUAUGGGAACUCUGGGUCUUAUCCUUAUCGCCCUCUGAUGACUAAAGCAAGAGAACAUAACCAAGACACUAAUUCUGGCAAAUAUUAUUUAUCCUUACUCUCCAUUAAUAAAAAGUCCUAUGAUUAUUUUUCCAUAACUAUUAAUUUUUUUUCAAUGUUUGCUAUCAGCAAACAAAAUAUUUUUCUCUGCAAUUCAAAGAAUUAGCAAACGUGAUAAAUCCAAGCAGUAGUGGUCAAAAUGUUGCUAUAAGAGUCAAAUACUUCGACAUCUCAAGUGGCUCAGAAGUCUUCACUGGUGACGAAAUGAUAUAUUUUGUACUUGGCUCAGUCUCAAACUCCUACACAACUGACAACGAAAACUCUUACAUCAACUCUAUGAACACCAAAGCAGUUGCAGCUACAAGUGUGACCUUCAGCGCGGUUACAAAUGUAGGAUACUACGCAUUAAUCUCUUCAAGCUACGUUUUCUGGAGAUUCCCAUACGGAAUCAGCACUUCUACAACAGAGACUCAAAGUCCUUCAGGAAAUUCCCAGACAAUUGAUGGGAUUUUAGGUACCUCUGUGGCUGGAGACGGUCUCCUAGUCUCAUCUCCUCCUUCUUCAGCUUCCUAUACAGGUACUAUUACAUGGAAUUUCGCUAACUUUGUGAAUCCUCCCUAUAUCCCGGCUUCCUACCCAAUCCUGACAGCAGAUAUAGUAGUCCAAGGCUUUUAUGUAGUCAAAGUUGUUUUUGAUCAAAACCUAGCAAACCAUGUAGCAGCUACAGUAACUGUAAGCCACAUUUGGGCUGGGGAUGCUACAAAUUAUGGCUAUUUAGGAGGAAGGAUUGAUAUGGACAUUUUGUUUACUAUGUCAAGCUCACUUUCAAGCAGUUUUACAAUAGAAAUCACCUUUCCGUCUACCUGGACUACAGACGACCACUGCACAUUUUUAGGGACUUUGCAGUCUCCAAUGAAUAAAGACUGGAUCGAGUGCAACCAGGUCAGCACCAAUGGAUUUCUUAUAACAAAUAUAAACGCUUAUACCAAAAAUGAUAAUGUAAAUAUCAAUGGCUGGGUAACUUUGCCAAACGCAGUAGGACCUCAUACAGUGACUGUAACUUUUUACUAUACUUAUCCUACACAGAUUAUUGCGACUGGCACUGGGACUUAUACAUUGAACAAUGUGGCUUAUCAUAGUCAAUUUUCAAUGGGAAGAUUUAUAUAUAACGCUGCUGAUAUUUUUGUGCCUGCAAAUGGAGUUUCACCAUUUUAUCUGUCUGUUCCUGUGCCUUCCACAUUGACGAUGAACGCUGGGUAUGUAAAUAUUGAUUAUCCUGCAUCAAGUUGGACGACUACGCUGCCUUUAGUAUGUGUUUGGGAAGGAACUAGCAUAUGGCAAGCAAGCACAUGCAGCAUUUCUGGGAAUACUGUAACUAUUGUAGCACCUGAAUAUAAUGAUAUUACUGCAGGCACCUGGAAAAUCACUGUCAAUACUUUCCAAGGGAUCGACUACAACGGCAUCACUUUUCCUCCUACAACUGAGGUGUGGACUUUAUCUACAAGCUAUUCUGAUGACGGCAUAGCAGGCCCUAACACUAUUUCUAGCACGAUUUAUAUAAAAGUUCCACUAGAGCAGUUUGCAACUGAUUAUGUGUUCACAUUUAGUAAUAUCAAAAAUACCCACAUUUUAUUAGAAGUGGAUUUUUCCUGCACUAAUUCAUAUACUAAAGGUGUCCCUCAGCCUACUGGAAGAUCCUAUCUUAUAGUAAGAUACCCAACCAAGGUCAACGGAAAUACUAUUUUGCAAGACGAUUUCGGAAGAGGCUUUAGUGAUAAAAAGCAAAUCCCUUGUUUCCCUCUGACCUCUUUUACAGCUGAAGACUGCUAUCUAAUAUGGGGAAGUGGUAGCUCCUCAGUAGAUGGAAAACUCUAUAUAAAUAACUACACCCCUGCGUUAUCUACAAGCUCACAGUCCUUUUAUAUCCCAUGGCUAGUCAAUCCAGCUACCCAAGACAGAAUAUUGCAAUUAACAAUAGAACUCUGGGAAUUAAAUUCAGCAUUAAAAUAUGAGCUAAUGGAAUAUAAAGAAAUCAAAUACAUUUACGCUGUCCUAAGCACUACGAUUUCUACCACAAAUCCAGGAACUUUAACUUACCAUAACACAAAUAUAAAUCAGCAAGGAGACAUAGACUUUACUUUUGUGUUGCCUAAUAGUCUGACAGGGACAGCUGAUGAAGCUGUGGUAUGGACACUGACUGAGACAAUGCCUACUUGGAGCUCUAGUAUGUGCCCCAGCUCUCAGACGUGUGAAGACAUUCUGUCAGAACAUUUAAUAUUUAUGAGACAUCCGUCAGGGUCUGGGACUAUUAAUAAUGGCGACAUUAUUACUCUGCAAAAUGUAAUGAAUCCAGAAGACCCUUAUAUGACUCAAACCUGGACAAUUUGGAUCUAUAAAGGCUAUACCAUCCAAAAGAAAAUCAUUUAUAACGCCAAUAUUCCAUUUACCUAUCCUACCCCGAGCGAUUUUAACUACGUUACGUGAAGGUUUGCAGACUAUAACGUUCCGAAUCCUCUGACAAGCCGAUAUGACCAAUAUACAUUGAGGUUUAGGAUUUCCCAUACGAUAUACUCUGGGUAUACAAUUGAAUUUGUGUUCCCUACCAGUCCUGCCUCUUCUGGAACUAGCUUUGUGGUUGACCAUGACUGCGACUGAAUCCAUGGACUCUCAGGCAGUGGCUUAAGAUGUGCAGCAAUAAGCUCCUCAACUAUUCAGUGCACUGGGUUUAAUACGUAUUUUCCUGAUUACCCAGCUAUUGUGAUGACCUGUAUGGCUACCAAUCCUCCAGUAUCUGGCACUUCUAAUGAUUUUGAGCUGUACGUUUAUGAUGCCUCAUCGACCCUCGUGUACUCAGACGUCGCAAUACAAACCUUUGUGAUAACUUCAGCCCCAACUUUAUUAAACAAGUAUAGUGUAGGCGGCCCUUGGAGAACUAGAGAGCCUGCUUGUGAGAAUACUAACUAUGCAGAUAUUACCAUAUAUUUCACAGGCCAGAGGACUGAUAUUACUUACUCCCCUCUGUGGCGAACAAAAAAUUAUGUUCGCUCGCGAAUGGGGUUAAUUUCUUUAAAAAAUAUUUAAAUUUUAUGUUAAAUUUUUUUUCAAAAUUAAAAAAAAUCCCAAUUUGAAAUAAUUUUAAAAAUAAAUAUUAAUUUAAUUUGUAAAAUUAUAUUUUAAAAUGUCAUUUAAUUAAAAUUAAACAGAAUUAGCUGUGAUUUAUUUAUCGAAUUAUCACUAUAUCUCAAAUAUUUUUUUUUAAAAAAAUGUUUGUUCGCUCACGGGGGCUUUUUCCAAUGGUUUUGUCUUACUCACGGAGGGAAAGUUAUCAAUUUAAGGACAGAUUCAGCUUUUAUUUGCCGACUGGUGUAAGUCUGGCUACUCUCCCGUCACCUGACGGUGCUAUUGAGUGUACAUUUAAUGACAUGGCCAACCAGACACCUGGCGAGUAUUGUACACUUACUGGGAGUAGAAUUGAUGUAGGGAUUACUGACCAGCAAGGACUUGUGGCAGGAACUAAUUAUGUGAUUCAUGUAUAUACAAGAGAUGCGACAGCAGGGCUAGGGUAUAAUGGAUUUGUGCUGCCGACUUUUCCUGAGUGGGAAAGCUGAUAUGUCCAGGCUUCAACUGGUAGCAGUGGUGAGUCUUCCAAAGUGGUGGUUGAAGACUGUCCUGUUCCUUUUACUUCUUUAUCUCUAACACCUUAUUCUUAUAUAAUAUUAAAAUAGCAAUAAUGUCGCUCGUUCUCUCGUGUGACAGUUAUCCAUGUAUAUCUGGGAUAGUUUUGGAGUUGGCCAAGCAAUAUCUGGCGACCUUAUGCGAGGAUCUUAAGCACAUAACCACAGCUUUGUCAUCUGAUCUAAUCGGUAGUAAUCAUAACUUCUUUUUGCCAGUAGCACCCAAGCUAGAGCAACGAAAUGGAGUGGGGUGAAUUACCUGCUCUGCUAAUACUUUGGCUUGCCCCAAAUUGCAAAAGCGGUGUAAUUAUCGGGAUGCAAAUUAAACGACUUUAUGGCAGUCCUCCAUUAAAGCGCCCCUUAGAUGGGGCGAUCUUACAAGGAUUAAGAGGCAGUUGGCAUAAUAAAGGGAAGGACUUAGUUGAAAAUGGCGGUGCUCAGUUAUGGUCUGCAGAUCCAGCAGGGCAGCCACUACAGAAGCCAGCGAUUUUGCCUGGUCUGAGUGGCGCCAGAUGUGGAAGUUCACCUAACUAGCUUGGGCAAUCACCCAGCUUCUAACGAAGCUUACGAAUGUCACUCGUGGGAGUGGGAACCUUAAACAUACCACGUAAUGCAAUGUAAUUCUUAUACAGUUCAAAAGUGAAAUAUUUAUGACCUGACUUUUCAGCCCAGCAGAAAUGUCCCUGUUGGUGGAGGAAUUGCAAUAGAAUUCACCACCUAUAACGAAAUUGAUCAAGUUUUCGACUUAGAUUUAGGCCUUAAUAUGGCCCCACUAGUUCCUAGUCAAGAUUUCAGCUGUAUAGUAGAAAGUGGGUUUGGCAGCCCAUCUCCAGGGACUAUUAAAUGCACAGUUUACAAGUCAAGCACAGUUUCCUAUACAACUCCAGUACUCGUCACAAUAACGGGGCAUACCACAGCAAUUUCUUCAAGCUCUUCUCAUUCAAUCAGGCUUGCAAAGCUCUGGAAUCCAAUCCAGUCAACGUCUCCCAUCCUCAAUGAAUCUCUCAGGGUCCAUUUCAAGAUUUAUUCCUUUAAUAUAAACACAAACUCGUUUACAACUGACAGGGCUAAGUACAAUUUGCAGACUCUUUUAAGUGUUUAUGACCCAUGGGGUUCAUCUAAAUUGACAAAUCCUUCUCCGACUAUUAUAGAUCCAGAGCCUCAGCCAACUACUACAGUAACAAAUACGUAUUCAGUGUUCACAAGCUCAUUACAAACACAAAUUGACUUAGGUGUUACCUUAGACACGUCUACAGGCUUCGUGAUUUAUGAGUUUGAUAAUGCCUUUAUUCUCCCCACGACGGGAUCUACUAGUGUCAAAUGUAACGGGUCUACGUCUUUAUGUGAAGUCUAUAAAGAAGCUCAAUGAAUUGCGUGGAGGACGAAUCAGUCCCCAAGUUCUUCGUUUUCUAUUAGUUUUCUGGAUGCUGGCACGAAUACUUUUAAGACGCCUAAUUAUUAUGCGACAAGCUAUACUUUGUCAGCUUAUAUAAUAGAAGCUGGACAUUGGGAAGAGGAGCAUUACUUUACCAAUAUGGACUCUUUUGCAGCUGGGACUUUAGGUGUUUCUUUUUCGCAUAGACUUUCGAGCUACCAUCGGCUUACUUAUGAUGUUUGGACUAUUACAAUUACGCCAUCAUUAGGCUCUACUAUUGUUAAAAGGAUUGAUAUCUAUUUCCCAAGCGAGUUCAGCUGGAUUGACGCUACAUGCAAAACUACUGGAUUGACUCAGAUUUCGACAAACUCAAACCCUAUCAGCUGCAUUUCUGACUGCUCACAAGAGACCUGCACAAAUCAUAUAACCAUUACUAAUUAUGAUCCACUAUCAGCUGUCAAUACUAUUUCGGUUAUUAUUGGUGCAAUGAAUCCUAAGAACGCGGUUACAACCUCCAAUUUUAACAUUUACUAUUACGCCUCAACUACUGAUACAACCCAAAUCAUAGAAAAAUACUCAGGAAACUCUUUGACAAUUGACAGUAUCAUCUACCCAUACGAUUUCUGGGUUGAGUUGCCUACUUUGAGUAUUUAUGACAGAGGAAUCCAACAAGGAGCUUAUGGAGAAAUAUGGAUAAGAACCAGAAGCAGAGUGACGCUCCCUGCUAAUACUGGGUGGUAUAAGGUUGUAUUGCCUAACAACUUUGACAUUGCUGCAGCAGCUACUCCAAAAUGCACUAUUGUACAUACUGAUGUACCAUUCCAGAACUGGCCUGACAGAUCCUCUGACUAUUAUAACCACAUUGUGGUGCCAAAUUGUAUUUAUAGCAAUGGCGUGCUCAACAUUAUGUUCCCUGGGACCAUUUUACGUCAAUUUUAUGGGGUUAAACCUGGGAUUUGCACAUACCUAGUCCUUACAACUUACCCAUCUCCUGUCUCAGGACAGUCUGGCUUCCGUGCUCCUUUACUUUCAGGAUGCUCUCAGUUCCAAUUUUACGCUAUGGACGGUGCAACAGUCCUUGAAGAAUCCAUUACAAAUCUCUGUAUUAAUGGAAACACUCCUACAAACCUGCAGAUUUACCCAAGCACUAUUGACACUGACACAAAUUCCAUUUACAUGUUCUCCUUCACCACAAGUUCCUAUGUCCCCAACUCUUAUUUCUACUAUUCUGGCACAUACCCAGGCCCUCAGUCUGCUAUACAAAUUUCUUUUGAAAGCUACGAAAGUUUCCAAUUUGACUUAGCUGGGCAGUAUGACUCUUAUAUGCAGGUAUUCUGCCAACAAAUAACAGGGAUUUCUCCACCUUCUGGUGAAUAUUUAUCCUGCAAGCUUACUUUGGGCUCAACGACGUCUUCUCCUACAUUUACGCAUUAUCCAGCAAUAAUUACUAUUACAAACUUUAAUAGUAUUCCUCUAGGCACCCAAGUAUCAUUCCAUUUGCCUGUUAUAAGAAAUCCAAACACAGACGGUUGGGUCCCACAGAUUACGGUAGGAAUAUACCAAGUGGAUUAUUUAGGCUUGAAGUCUUGGAUAGAAGCCGAACAAACAAUAGACCUUACAGCAGUGACAGCAUCAACAGCCUUAUCUGUUGUAAGUGUAUGCACAGCUCCUACAACGGAUUGUUGGGUUACUAAUAAAGCAGUCAAGUCAAAAACUACGCUUAACUUGUAUUUCAAAGCACAAUCAAUUACUCUGAAUGGAGGGUCUAUGAUUGUGAUACAGUUCCCUAGCCAGUAUGAAGAUAUUCCUAUUAGUGGAGUUAGUGCAUAUAUACAGAGAAACCCUGUGAGCAGUACCACAACUGAUACUUUUAUAAUACAAGGGCUCACAGUGGUGACUUAUCCACUAGCCAAAAUGGUAGCUUUGACAACUCCUUCAGGAAGCGCUAUCUAUGUAAAUCAGGACUGCACGAUUUCUCUAUUGAACUUUAUAAACCCAUCAUAUAUAGACUCUUGCUCUAACUGCAAGAUAAACUAUUACUCCAUUUCUCCAGCACAAAAAAUAGUAGACCAAUACCAAACAGAUGACAUUUAUAAUAUUUUUGGAUUCACAACGGUCGCUUUUUCAUUAAGUCCUAUCUCUUUAUCCUCAGUCUUUGCAAACUCAGCGGAUGUGACUCAGACCUACACAUUUUCCCCUCUUUCCACUUUGCCAUCAGGUUCACAGACCAAGAUUGUGAUGCCAACAACUUUUCCAGACGUUUCAGCUUUAACCCCAGUGCCAACUUGUUCUCUUAAUAUAACUGCGACUUGUGCGGUUUCCUCAUAUUCAGUUAUAAUAACAGGAUACUCAGACAUUUCUGCAGGCACUAAAGUCCAGCUUAAGCUUUCUGGAACCUUAAACCCUACUUCAGCUUUAUUAACGACACAGUCUCCAAGUGGCUUUUAUAUACAGUCCCAAAAUUCUAAUGGUAAGCAAAUAGCCUAUUCUGAGUUCCCAGUUCUUCGUAUCAAUGGUCCAAAUCCUGUCACUAGAAUCCAAGUAAAAAUAAUCACGACCUUCCCUAACUCUAAAGCCUUAUCAGCUUAUACAUUUAGCAUAAACUCAAUGCAAGGAAUUCCUAAAGGCUCUGAUAUCGUCAUAACUUUCCCUUCAGAAUACUCUUCUCUUCCUACAAAUGAGCGCUGCUUUGUGUCAGGGAAAUUGAUAUCAUAUACAUCCUGCUCAAUAAGUGGGCUGACAAUGACAAUUUCUACGAAUGAGGAUAUAGCAAGAUAUGAGAGUUUAAAUAUAACGAUUCCUGGAGUACUGAACCCUACAAUAACGACCGCAGACAGCAAUGGAGGGCAAUAUACCUCAGCUUUUACAGUCAAUACUUACUUUGCGGGACAGCUUAUUGAUGAAAUCGACCCAAGUGACAGUGAUGCAAAGGUUUAUAUUAAAGCAGCCCCAGGAAGCUUGAUAAUUACUCAGACUGAGCUUAUGCCUCAGUCUGAAGGGGAGAUGGCUUUAUAUUCCUUCUGGGUAACCAAUCCUGUCUAUAUUUCCAAUAAUGAUGACAUUUCGAUGAUUUUCCAGUUUCCUAUAGAAUACAGCUACCAAUUGACGUCUUCUUAUAUUGACUUAUUCUGCUAUAGUUCUCCUGACUACGAAUCUUGUAACUUAAAUUUCCCUCGUAUGAUAGAAUUCCGCACCCUUUCUCCUUAUACAGUCCAGCUGGCCAUGCUUUUCAAGAUUUUCGCUAUCACAAAUCCAGUCCAGGGCACUACAAAUCCAAUAGGUAUUUAUCUAUACAACAAUAAAGAAAAAACUUUAAUUGGCUACAAUAAUACUAUAACUUUUGUAACAAAGGCAAUUCCUUCUAUUCUCAGUAUGUAUUCAGUAGAGUCCUCAUCAUUGAUUACCCAUACUUAUGCAAACUAUAAGUUUAACUUUACUAUUACUGAUAAAGGCAUCGACGACGAUGGAGGAAUUUAUGUGGAUUGGCCUGGAAAUUACUAUAAGCUGUUUUAUGAGCCGAAUUAUACUUGUAGCUAUAUAUACCCAACUGACCAAAUUUUGACGUCCCCGACUUGUCUAUUUUUGCUACCCACUGGGUAUCGUAGAACUGCAGUUUCUAUAGCUACCCCAAUUCCUACCAAUUAUGGAGAUAUGAGUGUUGAGUUUAAUAAUGUCCCUACAUUACAGCAGGAAGGCUUAUCAGGCAGCUUUAUUAUGAGGAUUUUUGAUGAUGACAUAUAUGCAGUUACGGCGAGAUCUUAUCCAAACCUUACCCCUUACUCUAAUUUAUAUUUCCAAAAUAUAGGCUACAGGAUUUUUGUGAAUACUACAGUCGUUUAUGUCUAUAAAGGAAGCUACUCCUACCCUAUAAAGCUUACCUUAGAAAAGCCUUGCCAAACAGGACUACAAGUUAUCCCGAAUAUUGUGGAAGGAACUGUUGGUGUCGACCCGAAAAUACUGUAUUUCCAAUAUGAGUACACAAAAACGCUGACUUUUAGGGUUUAUGCCCCUAUGACUGCAAAUACUACGACCUAUACCUUGCACUUCGAGAAAAAUGAGACGUCAACUGACCCAGCGCUAAGAGAAUAUAAGCCUAUGAUAGAUAUCCCUGUCAUAGUUUUAGAGCCUAUUAACAAUAUAGGGGUCUAUACAGAAGAUAUUUCUCAUAUCCCUCUUUCAGGUACAAGCUUGCCUGUAAGAAUGUGGCUGGAUAAGCCAGCAUAUGAUGAGCUAAACGUAACUUUAUCGACAUCUACUCCAGAGCAGCCAGAUUAUGUAUUUUUCAACCCAAGCGUCAUUACCUUCAAAAAUGGAAAACAAGCUGACUAUUUUACAGUGACUUUGGUAGAAGGUGCUAUAAGUGGCUAUAUAAAGUUUACCUUAUCUGGAAAUGCUUCUGCCAGCUAUAAGCUGAUUAGGCAGUCUAUCACUUUCCAAACUCUUCCUUUAGAUGUCUCUAGCCCUGUCAUAAAAUCAGCUAGAUUAUAUUCUAUUGCAAGGACUUCAGCUUCUGUUUAUAUCCAGUCUUCUAAGGUUGGCCUAGUCCAUUAUAUCUAUACAGCUGCAGGGACAUCUCCUCCUAUUAUGCAAAUGCUUGUAAAUGGUGAUACUAUGUGGUGUGAUGCUUUACAGGUAUAUGGAAAGGUUUGGACAGACACAGAUAAAGGAGUAGCGAUAAUCCCAAUGACAGGCCUUACUGAUAACACUGCUUAUACGUUGUAUUACACUGUGCAGUCGAGGUCAAAUCAUACCACAGUCAAUGUAGAAACUUAUAAUUUUAAGACCUUGCCUACACAUUUGCCUGCGAAAUUCAGGAUUUAUGUAACUGCGCUGUCAUCAGUAGAAGAAGUCAACGUUGGGGUUGCGAAAGCUUUAGCAUUCCCAUUGGCAAAUGUCCUGGCGACAGGAAUUGAUCCAGCAUUAGGCAUUACGAGAAGAAUGCUGCUGCAAAACAAGCAGCUGUACUAUGAGUUUACGCUGUUUGUAAACAGAGACUCUUCAAUGGAUAAGCCAAUUACGUAUGUCAAUAAUCUUGAUAAUAAUAUAGACAGACUUACAAAGUACGUCCCCAGUUUCAAUACUUCUUCAACUGUUUCUGCGCACUCAAGUGAGUAUUCUUAUCUUAAUGCUCAGUUUACUAGCUCUCUGCUUGGCUAGUUGAAGGCAAUUAAAUAUUUUUAAAAAAAUCAAUAUAAAAAUGUUAUUUAGAUUUAAAAAAUCUAAAUUUGUAAAUAUAUGUAAUGAAAAAGCUAAUUUAAAUUUAUUUUUACUCCCCCCCCCCCUCCGUGAGCGAACAAAAAAAUUUUGUUCGCUCACGGAGGGGGGUUAAUUUUUUUUUUUUAAAAAAAAUUUAUAUAUAUAAUUUUAUAAAAAAAUAUUUUUUUCGAAAUUUAAAAAAAUCCUAAUUUGCAAAAAUUGGGAAGCAAAUAUUAAUUUAAUUUGCAAAAUUUAUGUUUUAAAACGCAAUUUGUUUAAAAUUAAACAGAAUUAGCUCUAGAUUUCAUUAUACUAAUUAUCACUUAUAUAUCAAAAUUUUUUUCCAUUAAAAUUUUUUCUAUUAAAAAAAUUUUUGUUCACUCACGGAGGGUGGGUUUUUGGUCAAAAAAUGGCGAUUUUUCUAAUGGUUUUGUUCGCUCACGGGAGGGGGGGGGGGGGGGGGAGUUAGAUAAAAAUUUAAUCGAUUGAGAUCAUAGUCAUUAUUUAUUUCUAAAAAAAAUUAUUAAAAUAGAGCUUUUUCUAAUGAUUUUGCUCACUAGCCCAAGGAAACGAGGAGUAAUGAAAUUACUGUGGUUUCAGACGCUAAUGGCACACUUAAUGCAUCUACAAUACUAAAUGUGGCAGGAACUGUUUAUGGAGUUUUAUUGGGAUCAGAUAAAAAAGCGCCAAGUAGUGUCCAGAUACGAAAUGGGCUGGAUGCUCAUAAUGUAAAGGUAAAAGAAGGAAGAUAUUCUUAUAUGAAUGUUGAGUAUGGCCAAACGGCUUAUUUGAACUUUACCGGGCUUAUAAAUCAUGCUGAAAUGGUUUUGUAUUUAACAGCUGAAAAUGCAUUGCCUGGAAAUCCCGAUUUGAUGGAAGAUGAAUUUACGAUAGCUAAAUCGGUUGUAGUUGGGAGUGCAUUGGACACGACUUAUGUUUAUAUCUUCAAAUAUCUGAAUUCAGCCGCUUUUAUAUCAAUUUCAAUGAUAUUAGUCUUAAUAAUCUAA